AAAGAAUUGCCCUUUUAAUCUUAUUUGGAGUUCAGUCUACAUUUACAUGACAGCUUUUCAAAGAAUACCUUAAUAAAUAUUUAGAACAUUUCCAAAUGGUCAUUUCCUGUGUUAAUGCUGCAUUUCUCUUAAUUUUCUUUUUUUAGUGAACAGAUGUGGUCCAGAACUAUACAUGAAUAACUUUGGUUAGACAGAGUGAACAUUCAAUAAUGAGUGGUGCAGCAUUGGGACUUGAGAUUGUUUUUGUCUUUUUUCUGGCAUUAUUCCUGCUUCAUCGAUAUGGAGACUUUAAGAAACAACACAGACUUGUAAUUGUUGGAACACUACUUGCUUGGUAUCUCUGCUUUCUUAUUGUCUUCAUACUGCCUCUGGAUGUUAGUACGACAAUAUACAACAGGUGCAGACAUGCUGCUGCAAAUUCAAGCCCUCCUGAGAAUAACAAUGUUACAGGAUCAUAUGCAACUGUCACCCCAGUUACAAGACAGCAUCCGUGUUUCAAGCCAUGGAGUUACAUUCCUGAUGGAAUCAUGCCAAUUUUUUGGAGGGUAGUAUAUUGGACAUCACAAUUUUUAACAUGGAUUCUGUUACCUUUUAUGCAGUCAUAUGCAAGGUCUGGAGGGUUUUCCAUCACUGGAAAGAUCAAAACUGCCCUGAUUGAGAAUGCAAUCUACUAUGGCACCUAUUUGCUGAUUUUUGGAGCAUUCUUAAUUUAUGUAGCUGUAAAUCCCCGUUUGCAUUUAGAAUGGAACCAACUUCAGACAAUUGGGAUAGCUGCUGCCAAUACAUGGGGUUUGUUUCUUCUUGUGCUGCUCUUGGGCUAUGGCUUGGUGGAAAUUCCUCGGUCAUACUGGAAUGGAGCAAAAAGGGGUUAUCUUCUUAUGAAGACUUACUUUAAGGCAGCCAAACUGAUGACAGAGAAAGCAGAUGCAGAAGAGAAUUUAGAAGAUGUUAUGGAGGAGGUUCGAAAAGUGAAUGAAAGCAUCAAGUAUAACCACCCACUGAGAAAAUGUGUUGAUACAAUACUUAAAAAGUGCCCUACGGAGUAUCAGGAAAAAAUGGGUAGGAACAUGGAUGAUUAUGAAGAUUUUGAUGAAAAACGUAAUACCUACCCAAGUGAGAAAAGUCUGGUAAAAUUGCAUAAACAGGUGAUUUAUUCAGUUCAGAGGCACCGUCGAACUCAAGUACAAUGGCAAAUUCUUUUGGAACAAGCAUUUUAUCUGGAAGAUGUAGCAAAAAAUGAAACUAGUGCAACUCAUCAGUUUGUUCACACAUUUCAAUCACCAGAGCCAGAAAAUAGAUUCAUCCAAUAUUUUUAUAAUCCUACAGUUGAAUGGUACUGGGAAUGUCUUUUGCGGCCAUGGUUUUACAGGAUACUUGCUGUGGUUUUGUCCAUCUUCUCUGUAAUUGUGGUGUGGUCAGAGUGCACGUUCUUUAGCACAACUCCUGUUUUAUCCCUCUUUGCAGUCUUCAUACAGCUGGCAGAAAAAACAUACAAUUAUAUUUAUAUUGAGAUUGCUUGCUUCCUUUCCAUCUUCUUCUUAAGUAUCUGUGUUUAUUCUACUGUAUUCAGGAUUCGUGUCUUUAACUAUUAUUACUUGGCUUCACAUCACCAGACUGAUGCUUACAGUCUUCUUUUCAGUGGCAUGUUAUUUUGCCGUUUGACUCCUCCUUUAUGUCUUAAUUUCUUGGGCUUGACCCAUAUGGAUUCAUCCAUCUCUCACCAGAAUACUCAGCCAACUGCUUAUACAUCUAUUAUGGGUUCCAUGAAAGUUUUAUCCUUUAUUGCAGAUGGUUUCUAUAUAUAUUAUCCUAUGUUGGUAGUAAUUCUCUGUAUUGCUACUUAUUUUAGUUUGGGAACCCGUUGUUUGAAUCUGCUUGGUUUCCAGCAGUUCAUGGGAGAUAAUGAUAUGACAUCAGACUUAGUUGAUGAAGGAAAAGAAUUAAUCAGACGAGAGAAGAGAAAAAGGCAAAGGCAAGAGGAAGGUGAAAAUCGAAGAAGAGAAUGGAAAGAACGUUAUGGACACAAUAGAGAUGAUUCCACUAGGAACAGAAAUGUUCAUCCUGAUCCCAAAGAGUCAAAUUUCUCGGAUGUUAAUACCAAUUGGUCAUCCAAAUAUACCAGGGCUAAUAAUAGGACUGAAAGGGACCGAAUAGAACUUCUCCAAGAUGCAGAACCUUUGGAUUUUAAUGCAGAAACAUUCACUGAUGAUCCUCUUGAAUCUGAAUCAGGAAGGUAUCAGCCUGGUGGACGAUAUCUCUCAAUGUCUUCCAGCGUAAUAUUUGAAGAUAUCUAAAGUCAGAAAAAUUUGUGGAGCAACUAACCAAGUCAACACCUCAGUUCAGCUUUUAUGAACACGUGUGUCCCCAAAUUUCCUCAGUACUCUCAAUGAAAAGUGUCAGGAUAACAAAAAAGUGACUGAGAAUUAAUUACAACUCAGUAAAAAUAGGUUAUUGUUCACUGAAUAGAGCAGCAUCUUUUCUAAUAGGACUUCUUACAUACUAGUCCCUUAAUGUCUGCCUUAGAAGUAUAGUUAGAAGAGAAAGAUUCAAUUCAUGAUGAAAAUCAGUAGAUGUUGAGAACACGUAAUUCAGAUUGUUUCAGAUUAAUUUUUUUCAGGAGAGUUAUUUUAAAGGUCCUAGGAAACCAUAAGUCAACUAAAUAUAUGUAGUUUCAUUAGUGUGAUUUACAUUUUGGCUGUUCCUAAGAGAUAUCUUUAACUGUAUUUCCCAAAAGAAACAUAAGUGAAUAGAGAUCUCAGAUAACAACCUAUAUUCACAAAACCUAUGUCUUAAAACAAGACUGACUUAUCAGACAUAACUGAAUGUAAAAAGCUCUUUUAUAAAUCUUUAUGCCAAUUAGUGGGAUUUUUGCAUGCAUAAUUAACUGAUAGUGUUGGUGUUUUGGGCAUGUAUACUGUAAUCAGGAGAUAUAUUAUUCUUUCAGUCCUUGUAGUAACUGUAUUUUUUUAUGGCAUUGGUAUUUUUAUUAAUGCUUUGUAAAAGAUUCUCAUUUCAGAAAAAAAUACUCCCCUUUAGCAUUUAGCAUAUUGAUUUAAGUGUUGAUCAUACCAUUCAAGAAGAAAUCCUAAGUAUUAAUGGCAAUAGAUUUUUUUCAACAGCCAAAGAGUUUCACAAAAUUCUCUUAAUUUCAAGGUACCUGUUUACACUUUUUGAAAAGAAAAUAGCUGGUUAUUUAAAGGUAAAAAAUGAAUGCAUUUACUGGUAUUAUUAGUUCUUAAAUUUGGGCUUAUAGAAAACAGAAAAUUAGACUGGAAAAAUAGACAAGUUAAUAAUAACUUGUUUGUUAAAUGUGCUUAUAAUCAUAAAUUGAUUGUUAAAACCUUUGUGUUUAAGCCAAAGUUAGGUAUUAUGUUUUUAAAGCACCAGUGUUUUAUUGCACAGUGAAUAUGGUUGAGUACAACAUGCUUGCAUGGUGUUUUCUUAUGGCUCUGAAAUAUUUGUAACUCUUGUAAAAUCCAUGCUACAUUGGGUGACCAUACUUGAAUUUGCCCAGGACAGUCUCAUAAUAGUACCUAUUACCCGUGUAAUUAUUACUAGAGCUCAUUUUCACUUUCAGGUGUCUCCAUUUAAAUAAUUAUAUGUUCAACCUAAUUGUGUUUCUUGAAAGUAAUCUUUUCCUGAGUUAUAAUUUUAAAAUUUCUAGUUUGCCUUUUAAUGAGUAUUAGCAUGUAAAAAUUUGAAGGCAUAGUUCUAUGCAGGUACUGAAAGGAAUCGUGUAUUAUCCUUUUAUCUGAUUUUUUGAUCUUUGAGUUUUUAUGAACUUUGAAAUUAGAUCCUCUUUAAAAUAAUUAUCGAUGAAUAUAUUUAUUCUGAACUGAAGGUCACAUACCUGCUCAUUUGAGUAUAUAUACACACACAUAGCCUUUUAUUGUAAAGUAAUGAUCAGAGACCCAAAGGUCAGGAAUACCAUUAAUUUAAUACUGUUUGUAGUUUCGUGAUUGACUCCUUGAAUACCUUGGGCAGAUCAUGUAACCUUUUAGUGCCUCAAUUUCUUCAUUUGCAGAAUGAAGAUAAUAUUUGCUAUUUACCUACUGAUCUACCUCACAAAACUAUUGUGAGGGAGUUGAGUUAAUGUUUAUGUACUGAAGUUUAGAAAGACAAAACAGUCAGCUGUGCUGGUUUUCCUAGUAGCACUUGAAGGUGAUGGAUGGUGGAAAUGAUCAUUCCAGAAAAAGGGGUCUGGUUUCUAUUUAUUAUAGAGAAGCUUACAAGUCUCUGAGCAAAAACUUUGAACUAAUUUAUAUGAAGUUCUGUGAAAAUAGUGUUUUAUUUUUAGCAUUUGGGUUUACUUUGGCAUCUCCCUCCUUCUUUCUCUCUCCCUUCCUUCCUUCUUUCUCUCUCUCU